CGCGCCGUUUUUCUCAUGAUUUCAAUUUUCAUUUCUAGUUCUUAUUGUUAGCUCUGAAAUCCCAAGUGGUUCGGCUUCGUUCUGUUUUUCACCGAAGUCAAAAUCAUGGUGAAAGCAGUGGUCGGAGAGGAAAGCAAACUCCAGCUAGCCGAGUUGCGUCUCUCCCAAUCUUCAGCUUCGGCUCAGGUUGGUUUGGUGAUAGGGAACCUCAGCUCCUGUCUGGACCGCGGUUUCGUGUACGGUCUACUACCCACUCCUCAAAACGAUGCCGGACAACCAGUUUGUUUGGUUCUGGAGCCAGCGACAGAGAAUAGGAAAAAGGGAUCGAAACCCAAAUCUCAGUCCUCCGAUUCUUCCUCUUCUUUGGUCAUUGACAAGGAUUGGGUCGCUGAACAUGCUCGCCAAGUGUCGAGAAUGAUGGUGGGUGGAAUCGGAGUAGUGGGUAAUUAUGUGUGGGCUAGCGAGGCCGCAUUCAAGAAUUCUAUCCUGCUGCUUUGUCAGACUGUGAAAGGAGUUGCUGAAGCAGCAUCCCUUUUGGAGGAUGACCUUGAUGAAAGAUUGCUUAUUCACAUAUGUUAUAGCCCAAGGAGGUAUUUGCCCAAGGAGAUGGGCAUGGGAAAUUGUACGCUGUCAUCAAAUAUUACAUCAAGCAGCUUACGGCCUUGUGACUUCAAAAUGGGAAGGGUCUUAACUGUUGAGGAAUACUUGGUUCCAGAAAAUUUGAAAAUUGGAGGGAAGAUAAUGGCUGAUUCCUCUCCCAAUUCUUCUCCCACCAUCCUUCCCUUCAACACCAUGAUCCACAUGGUUACCAUCAAGCUUUCCUCCUCAAAAUAUCUUCUAUGGAAGAGCCAACUCCUUCCCCUCCUUGAAAGCCAAGGUUUACUGGGUCACGUCGAUGGCACCCUUAUGCCGCCACCUCUAUUUGAUCCUCCCACCUCUCAAACGCCAAAUAAUAAAUACAUGGCGUGGAAAGCAACCGACCAACGCGUCCUUAGUCUUCUCCUCUCCUCCCUUACCGAGGAAGCAAUGGCUGAAGCCGUUGGCCUCUCUAUAUCCCGUGAGGUCUGGACUGCCCUUGAAAAUACCUUCAGCCACCGCUCCAAAGCUCGUGAACUUCGCCUCAAAGAUGACCUCCAAUUGAUGAAACGCGGCACUCGUUUUGUUACUGCCUAUGCCCGUGCCUUCAAAACUUUGUGUGAUCAACUACAUGCAAUCGGUCGUCCGGUUGAUGGAACCGACAAAGUCCAUUGGUUCUUACGUGGUCUCGGUCCUGAAUUCUCUAGCUUCUUCACUGCCCAGAUGGCACAAACCCCCUCUCCUGUUUUUCUGAUCUUGUGUCUAAAGCAGAGAGUUUUGAAAAUUUUCAAAAAUCUCUAGAGACUCUGGCAUCCUCAGCUGCUGCAUUUACUGCUACCCGGAACUCUUCUCAUCGUGGAGGUGGUUCUCGCCCACGCCGU